UGCACUCAUAUUCUUAGCGGAAUUCAUCUUUAUGCGGAUAUAUCGCGUCGAUCCUGAGAAAAUGAAAUGCAUUACUCCGGAAAUCUCGUGGCAUAAUCGUGAUCCGGUGCUGAGCGUGGAUAUACAGAAUGGUGUAAACAAAAAUUCGAAGGGAGAAACAUUUUGGAGAGUAGCAACUGGAGGAGCGGAUAAUCACGUUUUGCUCUGGUACUUAACAACAACUAAGUGUGGUGGAGCUACUGUAGAUUUUGCCGCAGACUUAGAUCGCCACCAGAAAGCAGUAAACAUCGUGAGAUUCUCACCAUCGAAGGAAAUUCUGGCAUCAGGAGAUGAUGAAUCAAUUAUUAUUUUAUGGAAAGUAAAGGAGGGACAAGACUCUACCUUCUCUCUACCUUCUGACGAUACUGCAAAUAAAGAACAAUGGACUUCUUGGAAGGUACUGAGAGGUCACAUUGAAGAUAUUUAUGAUAUCAGCUGGUCACCAGAUUCUAAUUCUUUGAUUUCUGGAUCUGUUGAUAAUACUGCUAUAUUAUGGGAUGUUCAGAAAGGUCGUAAAACUGCAAUACUGCAGGAUCAUAAAGGUUUCGUCCAAGGAGUGUCUUGGGAUCCAUGCAAUCAAUAUGUAUGCACUAUCAGCACAGACAGACAUUGCCGUUUAAUAAGCAUCGUUACGAAGAAAGUCGUUCAGCGUGUUUACAAGUCCAAAAUUCCCACACCAGCCGGCAGUUCAUUGGAGGGGAAGCUCGUACGUCUAUUUUAUGAUGACACCUUCAAAUCUUUCUUUCGCAGGCUGACCUUUUCAAUAGAUGGAUCACUAAUCUUUGUUCCAUCUGGAAUAAUCGAGUCGCAGGAAACUACAGAGACUAUAUCAAAUGCGAUAAUUGUUUUCUCCAGACAAGAUAUAAAACAGCCGAUAAUGAUCUUGCCCACUUUAAGUGAAUGUACAAUAGCAGUACGAUGUUGUCCUGUAUAUUUUGAAUUGCAAGAGGACGGCCCAACUGCUUUGGUGCCGCUGGCUUACAGAAUGAUAUUUGCUGUCGCGACGCAAAGUUCUAUAUUACUUUACGAUACACAACAGAUUUCUCCGAUCGGCAUAGUGUCACUCAUUCACUAUGGUAGACUGAAUGAUCUUUCAUGGUCCAGUGAUGGCCAAAUUUUAAUUGCAUCCUCGAGCGAUGGUUAUUGUACUAUAAUACAUUUUGAAGAAGGCGAAUUAGGUAAAAUUUAUAAAAAGAAAGAUUCUGUAAAUGAGAUCACUGUAAAGGAAAUGUCCAAACAUUCUCGCAAAAAGUUUUCGAGCAGCACAGUAAAAGAUAGUGCGGCCAAAUCUAAUAUUCAGACAUUCGACGUGGAUGAUUGUGCAAUGGAUAUUGAACUUGUAAAAUGUGAUGCAACCGAUGCGACAGCAAAUAAUCGAUCUAAAGAAUUUAACAAAAAGAAAUCGAAUGAAAUCACAGAUAGUUCGAAUAUUAGAUUAAAAAAUGAUUUGCAAGACAAAAAAUUAGACGAAGAGGAAACGGAAGAUAUUAAGUUAGUAUACGAAGAAAGUACUAAUGAUAUGACGAAGAUUAAAAUCAAAAGUACUCCACCUAAGCCUAACAUCGCUCCUAUUAUAUGUAACAAAACCCCUAGAAGAGUAAAAUUAAUAACUUUAUCGAGUCCAAGAAGUUCAAAAAAUAAUAGCUCAUAAGAAAGAGAUCCUUUUUUAGAUUUAUUAUGUAGCUUUUUAUGUAACUAUGUAAAAGUAAGUAACUAUAUAAUGUACAAUCGAGAGCAUAAAUUGUGUGAUUGUUCAAGACUUUUUCAAGAUUUUAAAAAAUUUAUAAUUAUGAAUAAUGCAAAGAAAAGAGUAUGUGUAUUUCUGUGUAUCUUCAGUUUGUAAUAGAAUUUGAAGAAUUUAUGCUUG